ACCGACGAGCUCAGCGUGGACGAUCGUCUUUUCUCGCACAAGCGUCUGCCGCUGACACAAGUGUGCGCCUGGCAUGGAGCGUAUGCGGGUCCCGUGGCUUAUCCUGGCGCUCUGCGCCGCCGUCUCGUGCCGAUGGCCGUCUUCGCGCAAGCAAUCGACGGAAAGCGGCUGCGGGUUUCAGAGCUGCCCCGAGGUGUCCCGUGACCACCUGAAUGUGCACAUCAUCUGCCACAGCCACUUGGACGCCGGUUGGUUGGAUACCGUCGGCAACCUUUUCACAUCUAAUGUGCAACACAUCUACACGUCCGUGAGGGACAGCCUGUUGAAGUACCCACAGCGCAGAUUCGUCAGCGCCGAGAACGUCUUCUUCAGCCGGUGGUUGGCGCUGCAAAAGGAACACCAGGCCAAGGAGUCCGUCCACGAGCUCGGUUCGAGCAGGUACGCACUCAACGCGCGCACGGCCCUCCACGUGUGCCAAGCACCGUCCGUCGCUUCGGUGAGGUAA